UUAGAAGUGAUAAAAUAUAAAUGAUGAGAAAGGAAAGCGAAGUGAUGAGGAGGAAGAGCUUUAUAAAAAUGGGCGAAAGGUACGGCGACAGCAGAUACAUGGGAUACUACCAUAGGGAAUGCAGCAGUAACAGGGUUUAUGGCGAGAAUGAACACGGCAGUAACUUUCACGCUAUGGCCGGCUUCUUUGCAUCUAAUAAUUAUGAAAUGCGCAGCAAAACCAAGAAAAGUGGCUGUUAUGGCAGGAAUGAAGGUGUUUAUAGGGUACCAAGGAUAAGUAACUGUCCGGGAUAUGUUAGGAGCCACGACAAGAGCUAUAUACCGUUUAACGUCACCAACAGUGCAUUUAAGAACUCAUCAACCAAGCUGAACUUGCCAUAUACCUUCUUCACAUUGACAAAUACCUCGCUCCAGCACCGCAUCCUCACAAAGCUAUUCACAUCACCGCCCCAGAUAUUUUUUCAGUUCACGCCAUUUGUGCUGGUAAUUGCAACAAUUUACAUAAGAAGGCACUCAUACCACACGGGGAUGUACAACAAUUUUAUGAAUUUCUUUUUUAUCGGAUGUUGUAUCGCUAAAAAAAUAUGGAACGAUAAGGUGUGUAGGGUCGAAUCGUGGAUGAGAAUAGAAGAGAGAAGUGCAUUAGAGUGCCACUUCUGCAACAAUGUCGAUUACGAUUUUAUAGUGAGCGAAAAAGAGUUUGGAUGGUGGAUGGUCAUGCUUUGUAAUUGAAGAAUCGAAUACCUAUAAGGCAUGCAUGUCGUAAAGCGUAUAAUUGGAUUUAAAGCAGUAGAAGAAUGCUUUAGAAGAUGUAAACUGCCUGCGAUCAUGUGCACGUGGAAAGUCGAAAGCUGAGUGUUUUGCGAUUUAAUAUGUGCAAAAUGAUUUUUUAAUGAGCAAUCAAAAUAUAGCGACCAAUAUCGACGCGUUGUACUGAAUGCAGUGGUGGCAUGCACUCGCUUUCUGAUAUGCCAAUGCUUGGCGGCAAGUUCCGAAUAGAUACACAAA